AGAGUCAAGUGCUGACUAGCCUGCCCCUGAGACACACUGGUCUUCGGAGCAGUAGAACUGACUGGGAACUCCAUGCGAGUUACUGGGCUGUGGGUAGGCUGUGUGUAUCCGGAGGAUUGCGGACAUCCACCCAUUAGCCCCUGUGAAAGAGAUGCUGGAGCAGCGUGGUGUGGUUUGGAGAGAGUGCAGCCUGCUAACACUGAGAACGUACAAGUUUGGUGGCUGUGGAAGCGUCAGAAGCCACAUUGCUGGUGUUUUAUAAUUUAUAACCGCCCUGCCUUGCAGCUGCAGCUCAGUGUCGAUGAGGUCUGUGUCUAACACAGAGACUUUGCUUUCUGUUCUAUUCUGGGCUACACCAUGGCAACUGCCUCAUCUCAGUCAUGGUUAGACGAGGAGCUGACCUGUUCUAUUUGCCUGCAGGUCUACACCGACCCAGUGACCCUGGCGUGCCAGCACAGUUACUGCCGUUCUUGCAUCGAGGAGUUUUCGCCCCAGAGCUGCCCGGAGUGCCGGGCCGAGCUGCCCGGCUUUAGGAGGCUGCACCUGGCCAAGGGCGCUGGAGAUUACCUGGCGGUGGGCCCAGCGGCAGCGGCGGCUCCGAACAGCGCGCUGUGCAGCUAUUGCAACCGCAGGCAGGCUGUGAAAACCUGCCUGAAGUGUGAAGCCUCCAUGUGCCCCAUUCACCUGAAACUGCACACGGCCAACAGGGUGUUCAAAACCCACCCCCUGGUGGAUACAUCGGCGGAUCUGUCCGUCUGGAGAUGUGCUGAACACGAGAGGCUCCUGGACAUUUACUGUAAAGAGGACAAGGUGUGCAUCUGCACCCUCUGCACCUUGAUAGGCAAACACAAGGGGCACAACUGUGGCAGCAUCAGCGAAGGGGAGCAGGAGCUCAGGGGCAACUUAGACCAUCAUCUGAAAAACAUCCAGCAAAAUGUUGCAUCCAUCCAGACAUCUCUCCGUGAUCUUCACACACAAAAGCUGAAUACUCAGAGCCUGAUAACAGAAACAAAGAGAGAAGUGAAAGAAAAGUAUGAUGCAUUGAGGAAACACAUUGAAAAUGAAGAGCAAGAUGUUUUCCAUUGUCUGGAUAAGGAACAGAGCCGCGUGACAGCAGCUAUUGACAGCCACAUUCAAAAGCUGGAAAAGGAAAUCAAAUUCUUUGAGAUGUGUCUGGUUAACCUCACAGACCUUUCACAGAAGAGGGAGAAACAUGCAUUUAUACAGGGAUUCAACACAAUGGUAACCAGGAUAAAGAAUGCAUCGGAGCAGUUAACGUCCUCUCAGCCUGGCCCUUGUCUGGAUAAAAUAAAACUGGAUAGAAUAAAAAACCAUACACAGAAAAACUUCGAGCUGGUUUCCCAGGUGAAGAGGGACAGAGAUCGUUUGAUUUCUCUCUAUGGACAAAAACUGAGCCUGGACCUCAACACAGCCCAUCCCCAGUUCAUCCUGUCUGAUGGAAACAAGACUCUGACUCUCUCACCGAAGAGGCAGUCUCUACCCAAGAAUACCGAGAGGUUUGACUGCUGCCAGCAGCUUUUAUGUGCCGAGGGAGUGAAAGCCGGCCGCUCCUACUGGGAGGUGGAGGUGCUGGGAGACAGCGGUGUGUGGAAAAUUGGCCUCUGUUACAGGAGCAUCAGCCGUAAGGGCAAAGGAACAGAGUGUUUACUGGGGAGGAACUGCAAUUCGUGGUGUCUGUACUCAUUGGUGGGCACUGUUUUAGCCCUUCAUGAUGACAAUGAUACGAAGCUAACAGUGGGAAACAUUUCCAGGGUGGGAGUGUAUGUAGACUUUGAGGCUGGGACCAUCUUGUUUUACAGUGUCUCUGACAGGAAGCUCACCCUGGUGCACACUUUCCAAGAGCAAAACUUCACCGAGGCUCUCUACCCUGCCCUGCAGAUUGGUGACUUCACCACAUCGCUGUCUCUAUGUACGCUGAAAUAAUUUCCAAUCUGUGAUUGGUACAACACAUUCAGGAGGCCAUUCAGCCCAUUGUGCCUGAGCUGGCUCUCUGAAAGUGCUAUCUGAAACCCACAUGUUUCUUUUAAUUAAUAGCUGGGCACAUUUUCCCCAUCAAGUAUUUAUCAAAAUUAUGAUUAGACUUGGGAAUUUAUAACUUUACUCCCUGCUUUAUUUUCAUUAUAUAAAGUACUUCCACUCAAACAGCCUCAUUGAGAACUGUGGGUACGUUAUCCCUUUCAACUAAGUGUACUUUAAGUUGAGAGGAAUCCCUUACGACAGGGUUUGUCAAUUUUAGUUUGCAGGGGUUACCCUUUGCAGCAUGAACAGAGAGACCCCGAGCUGUUAAUGAGGACAACGUGAUUGGUAAAGGAUGUGGCUUUUGGAAAUAGCCAUGGCCAACCUUGUGAGAUCAUUGUGACUCUCAGCUGCCCUGUGCUCAGGUUUUGGGUUAAUGGGCCUCCCAGAAAUCUUGGUUCACUCUCUGGGGUUAUUAGGAUUGCAUUUCCCAACAUCUACCCCAUUCUAGUUAUUUCUUCAGUCAGUGAAAUAUCCAUGGAUAGCUUGUUGAAUCUAGGAUCACUUUUUGCUUCUUGCCCCAGUUCCCACCUCUCCAUCUCAUCUGGAGUUGGUCAUCACUCAGAUGUCAUGGCACUUGGCUUCCAGAAAGUCACAAUUCCACUUUCAUGAGCCGUAGAAACGGUUUAGCAUCCUCUUCCAAGCAGUGCUGCCCCACCUACCAAUUAGAAACGCCUGAGGAAAAAAUGGUAGGUUCCUGGAGCCAUGAUGAGCCUGGACAGUGGACAUGCUAACUUGACAAUCAAAGGAAAGUCCAGUCCUGUGUACUCCCACAUUUCAGAUCCAUAUUUCUUCAGUGCUCUUGGCGUUUUGAUUUGCCUUCUUUGGUUGACUCCCCCUCCCCAUUUAACCCUUUGACCAUUUUGCUUUGAUUAGGACAAGUGCCACUCAGCUUUCUGUUCAGUAUUCCUGUUGUGGCUAUUCUAAAAUUGAUAUCUGUUUGCUGCUGCUGUUGCGCUGGAGUCUGCAGAAUCUGAAAAUAAUGUUGAUACUUUCUGCAAUCUGUUGGUGCCUGUGGAAUAGUUUGUUUAACAAUUCCUCGGAUUCCAGUGUUGGUACCUGUUACGUGCUUAUUCUGUGAUAGAAUAACCUGAACGCCAAUGUUAAUCUUGGGUACUUUGCUAAUGGACAAAGAAGCUGCUGAAAUGUGAAACAUCUUGCAUUGU